AUGAAAGUUUGGUACCUCCUGCUCGUCGGAAUUUUCUCCGUUCACUGUCAGAAUGCUCCGUCUUCUACCUACGAUCCGCCAGUUUCACGUGUUGCCAAAGAGCCGAACCGGAAUGGAAAAGAAGGGUUAUUUUCCCGAAUCUCCGAGAUGAUUGGUGCUUAUGCCCGUGUCACCAUUGGUCUUCACAUCCUUGGAGAGCUAAUCGAACCAACAUCUGAGAACCUUGCAAUAGCUGGAUACAUGAAUAUAAAUGAGUCAAUCGUUGAUGCCUGGAUGAAAGUGAAUGGAAAAGACUCGAAAAUUAUUAUAAAGGAGAUAACGAGCAUCAAAACGAGUGGAUUUCAAGUCAAUGGUUUUCUGAGCGAAAUUGCUGCGUUCGAGGACAUCUUCACACAAUUCGAAAAGCUCCCACCUAUUCAUACAGAGCAACAGUUUACGGAAAUGGGCGAAAUUGUAAAGAAUUGGCAAAGUGUAACGGAUUUUCCACUGACACGGUUGCAAGCACUGGAAGGAGAAGUCAAUGUAGUUGUGGAGCAGUCAGAAACUACUGAUUACAAUAAGCUGGAGUCAGAGAAGAAAGACGACUUGGAGAAAUUGAAUAAAAAAGCGAUGCGUGCAAUGAAAUUAUAUCCUCAGGAACUGCGAACUAUGGCCAACCACUUGAAGAUGUUCAACGGCGUCCUUGAUUUUACUGAUCUCUAUGGACCGAUUAAGGAAAGAAUCGAAAUCAUCAAAUCGUACCAAACUCGAAAAGUUUCAUCUCUGAAAAUUGGAACUUCAGCUGAACUUCAGAAAAUGUUUUCGGAGUCUACUAAGUUUAAUAUUGGAUCACGAAUAGCCCAAAUGAUCCAGCUAUUGACGCGCAUGGAUGAUACUUCAUCACUCGGUCGAAUCUGGCCGGAAGUCUUCAGAAACGAAUUCACGGAAUUGGCGGUGUUGAAGGAAGAUCUUGAUAGUAAAUUGUUGAAAGACACUUUAAAUAAAGGAGAGGACCUUGAAGUGCUCAAAAAAGUUUUGGACCCUAUUUUCGACAUUGGAAAAAUCGUAUCACUAUUUUGGACUGAUUCUGAUGCUAUCUUCAAAGAUAACGACUUUCGCACUCACAUCGACGCAAUCGAACCACUUUUGACUAAUAUGGCUGGCGUGGAAUCAUUUGGUCUCGAUAAGUCAGUUGCUGCUGUUACAAAUAUGUUCAACUUGACUGCCAUUCCCGAUGAAUUGAAUAGCUUCGUGGAUCAUUAUGAUGGCAUUAUGACGAAACUUGAAGAAUACCAAGAAAUCCUGCGGAACAUAGAGGAGUACCAAAAGGAGGCGGACUACCAGAGAGGAUUAAAGAUGAUCGAAAAUGUUGAUGAAUGGAGUGCUGCUUUCGGUGAUUUUACUGGAGGAAACAAUGAUGCACUCCGAAAAAAGAUUAACGAAGAAAAAUAUUCUCCGUUUCAACACAAAAUCACAAACAAGUUCCAAGAAUUCAACGACAAACUCCAAACACUCCGUGAUAGUUUAUCUAAAGUCAACUUUACUUUGUUCCCGAGUACCGGAGUGAAAUUGCUCACCGAUGUGACCAAUACUCUCAACAAAACCUUAAUCAAUAACAAGUUGCAUCUUUCACAAGUCAAAGCAGCUCUAAAUUUCAUUAAAGCUGGUCAGGGAAUAGGUGGAAACAAGUUCGAUGAGCUCGUAACCAAACUUUCUAAGCUUGAAACUAUCAUAACUGAAAAAAAGAAGCAGUUGAAUACAGAAAGAGAGAAACUCAAGGAGUCACCAGAUGCUGAAUUCUACAAAGAAGUUGUGAAACUGAACAAGGGGUUUGAACUGAAAGAGAAGCUAGUUGCUGGUUCGAAUCUAUUCAAAAUAUUCGAUAAAAUAGUGAGAGACACUAAGUUCGAUAACUUCUUCGAAGCAGGAGAUGUCCUCUACAAAAAGAUUCAAGAGGUGCCUUUCAGUAACAAGAACCGAUUCAAAUUGAUCCUGAAGAUGAAGAAACUCCAAACUAUCAAAAGUCGUUAUGAAGAGUUGAAGCAGGAGAUUUUGUUGCGAAAACACCGCUAUAAUAAUGUGCCGAUGGAAAAUUUGAUUCAACUGAGAUGGCUCAUCGAAAAUCUCUACGAACUUCCGAAUCCAGAAUUGAAAGUGGAAGAAUGGAAACAGUUCGCUGGCCUCGAGUCGCUCAAAAAUAAUUCAUCGGGAGGAAACGAACUCGCCAAUUUCGAAAAAGCAAUCGAGGGAAUUUCCGAUUUGGACUUUGCUGAGUAUCAGAAAAAUGUUCCAAAUACUUAUGCAAACUUGAGAGCACUGAUACGAUUCCACAAUGCAAUUCUAGCUACUGAGAAAGUUUCGUCAAAAACCUUCUGGGAUUGGAAUCAUCAGUGGAUCGAAAUCGUGGGAUUCGUCGCUAUCACACUGAUUCUAAAUGCUCUUGCAUACGGCGGGGCUGCUUUGUAUAUCAGAAAGAAGAAUGUGACUCCGGAAGAACUGGCGGAAAGAAAGGAAAGAAAAGAAAGAAAGAAGUUAGAAGAGAAGGAGGAAUCGGAGGAGAAGGCAAAGAAUAAAACAGAUCCUAACAGUAAAGCUAAAGAAAAGAAGGGAACUACUACUAAUGUUAAAGCCAGACGCUAA